AUGCAGUUUGGUAUAUUUUCUCAUAAUCUGUCUAUCGAUGAGGAAAUGGUGCCAUAUUUUGGACGACAUAGUUGUAAGAUGUACAUCAAGGGAAAACCAAUCAGGUUUGGCUUCAAACUGUGGUGUCUAUGUAGUUCUAAUGGUUACUUAUUCAAAUUUAUACCUUACUGCGGAAAAACAACCACACAUGAAAGCGAUUUGGGACUAGGAGAGAACGUGGUACUGGAACUUUUGUCAGUGGUUCAGCAAACAUUGCUUCAUCGCGUGUUUUUCGACAACUUUUUCUUUUCUUACAAGUUAUUCUGUUUGCUGAAAGAAAAUGGUUUUUACGCUACUGGGACAAUUCGUGAAAACCGUACAUGUAAUAGCACAAUGGAAACUGUGAAGAGCAUAAAGAAAAAAAAUCGUGGUACUUAUGAUUUUUCCUUUGACAAUGAACAAAAAAUUUUAUUAGUUAGAUGGAACGACAAUUCUGUGGUAACUGUUGCAACGAAUAACUGCACCAUUGAACCUCUAGUAAACGCAAAAAGGUACAACAGAAAAGAAAAAAGGAAGGAGUCCAUUACUCAGCCAAAAGUUAUAGCCGAGUAUAAUCAGCAUAUGGGGUGUGUUGAUUUACACGACAACGGAAUAUGCAACUACAGAAUCAAUGUGAAAGGAAAAAAGUGGUGGUGGCCUCACUUCGUGAAUUUGAUUGACAGUGUUAUUGUGAAUUCCUGGAAAAUAUACAAUUUGGCAAACGAAUCAAAAAUGUCACAGUUAGAAUUUAAGUCUAACAUAGCAGUCACUCUUAUGAAAAUGGAUGAACCAGCCAUCGAAAAUUACAUUCAAGGUGAGGAAAGAACGGAAUCAGGUGACCAUGUAAGCUGUGCUUCAAGACCAAAUUAUGGACGACCAUCAAAAGGCUCAUUAAACAUGGAUAUUCGAUUUGAUGAUGUUGGUCACGUGAUAAUAGAGGAGGAAAAUAAAGCAAGAAGAAGAUGUAGACAAUGCAAAAGCAACACUAUAUACAUGUGUGCCAAGUGUCACGUGCAUCUCCACAAAAACUGUUUUGGUCCAUUCCACACUAAAUGUUAA